AUGACGCCCGCCGAGAAGAAUCCCGCCUCCCGGGAGGCCACCGCGGCCAAGGUGAACAAGAUCAGCCACGAGCGCUUUGUAUCGCUGCGCUUGCUGAAGGAGUACGCUGCGGCCGUGAUCGAGUACAACUUGAUGCUGGAGACAUGCGGCGGCCCGGGGGUGGUGACAUCCAUGAUGACCCAGGCCAUCCACUUGACCAUGGCCGCACGCAAUGGCGCCAAUCCCGGCAUGUCCUCCAUCCCCCCCCCCCUGGGCCCGCCGUACAAGAUCGCCGUGGCCACGCGCUCCGGUUCCGACUGGAUCAUCCGCGAGCCGGAUUUCGAGGAAGCCGGCCCCGAAGCCGGCCAGGUAUUCGGCCGCGUGGAGCGUGUGCCCCAGCGCAAUGGCGCCUACAUCGUGGGCCCGGGGGAGAACCCCUUCCAAAAGCGGGGGAUCUUCUCCCGGAGCUCCUCCAGCCGCCUGUCCCACACCUCGACCACGGACACGGGCCACGAGUCGGCCAUCGGCUGGACCCAAGACCCGACCGAUGUCGACUCGCCCUCCGCGGCAGCGACCCCAAGCACAAGCCCCACGCCCGGGGCUGACCGCGACGGCGCGAAUGCCAAUGUCUCGCCGAUGCCCCAGAGCAGCCCCUCCCAUAGCUCGGAUUCCCUGGGCAUCGCCCCUCCGGACUCGGGGGCCAUUCGCCAGGAGCUGGCGGCUGUCAUUUUUGACUUCCACCCGCCGGAGACAUCCCGCCGGGCGCCGCGACGCCACGCCGGCGUCGUCGGCGGCAAUCCCAUUCACACGGCCCGCGUGCAGCUUGUCCUGCCCGGGAUCAACGUCCAAACCGGCAGGCCGCUAUCGCACACGCCGACAACCACCGAGGAGCGCAUGCUACGCUCGGCCCACAAAAGCCUCCUUCCCCAUCCCAUGUGCGUGGCCAUCCCGAGCAAAGCGCCAGUCUGGAGUGAUCUGGCCCGGUCGUAUGUGCUGAAUUUUCGCGGACGCGUCACCUUGGCCUCGGUGAAGAAUAUGCUCAUCAUCCACCCUCGCGAUCCCGACUAUGUCAUUCUGCAGAUCGGCCGCGCGGCGCCAGCGGCUCACUGGCCGGCUGGGGCAGCAGCCGCUGGGGCCUUUCCUCCCGGAACCCUGGUGCUGGACUAUCGCUUUCCCCUGACCGCGGUGCAGGCCCUUGGCGUGGCCCUUGCCUGCUUGGACAAUGCAUCCCCCGGAGGUGGCCAGAGCCAAAUGUUCAUGUAA